GAAGCCAUCCACAUAUCUGCGAAAGGAAAUGUUAAAGAGGAUAAAGACGUAAUUAGAAUUGAAAAGAAUGAAAAGGAAAUAGAGAAUGAAAAGGGAGAACACAAAACACAUAAUUAUUAUAAAGCAUUGGCCAAGACUGAAAGUGCUAAUGAGACAUGCCCGAAUAGCCCUUGGUAUCAAGAUGGGACCGAAAGCUAUAAACGUAACGUGCCCGAAUCGUAUCCAAAAAGUGCCAAAGAUAAAAGUCUUGAUAAACGAUAUGGUCUUGGACUGUAUUAUCAAAACGAAGUUGAAUUCAGAAAGAAUGAACAACAACCGUAUAAAAAUGAAUUUAGAGAUAGAGAUUGUGUUAAUAAUGAUGAAACGAUUGUAAAUGAAGAAGACAAAGAGAAAGAGGAGGGCAUAAAAAUUCUUAUCGAAAAAGAGAAGAUAGAUCGUGUCUGUGAAUUGUGGAUGAAAAGAGUCGACAAAUUCCAAAAGACCACGAGUAAGGUAAAAGAACAUACAAGUAUGAAACCUGUCAAAGCUGAAGAAGACUCUGA